UAUAAGGUGUUACAGUGUGGUCCAAUAUUUCAAUUCAACCUGUUGAAGAAAAUACAGGAGAUAUAAGGUGGUUGAGGAGUAAUAAGACUGUUUUUGUAUUUUCCACUUCCCAACUGAAUAUAUUUGGUUCUAGAGAUUCUUGUGCUAUAGGUUCUUUGACUGAGUUGAGGUCUUAUCUCAAGUCACUUAACCUAGCAGUUUGUUAAGGUUUAAUUUGAAUAAUGCUUUAGCUUUGUUUUAGGGAUUUGUUAGUUGUAUUAGAGGUUACUGCCUCUAUUUAAACAGCUCUGCUUCUCUCAAUUUUUUAUCAAAACUUUGCUUUUCUUAUUUUGGUAUCAGAGCCUAAGCAUCCAGAAAAUUUUCAUGGCUCUCACAGCUUCAUCUUCCUUAUCUCUGAAUGUAGGUAACUUUGUUACCUUAAAAUUAACUUCAAACAACUAUCUCCUUUGGUGUGAACAAGUUCUUGGUUUAGCCGAAAGCCAAGAUCUCCUCACACAUCUCACUGAUCAACCUCAAACAAACCCAGCCAGGUUUGAUAAGGCCACGGACCAAGCUAUUCAGAAUUUCACCGCAUGGCAAAAAUCAGAUCGAUUGCUUCGCGGUUGGAUAAUCGGCACAUUGUCAGAAGAGUCCCUUGGACUCAUAAUUGGCCUCGAUACAGCAUACGCUGUUUGGGAGGCGUUGAAAGAAUCAUAUGCUCAGGCUUCCCAGGAACAGGAAUUCACACUUCGCCAACAGUUAACAUAUCUACGCAAAGAGGAAAGCGUAGAUAUCAACAAUCACAUUCGCAAAUUCAAAAGCAUCUGCGACAGUUUAGCAGCAAUUGGGCAUCCAAUUUCAGAUAGAGAGAAAGUAUACAACCUAUUGACAAGCUUAGGUCCCCAAUUUGAGACCUUUACCACAACUAUGUUGAAGCCCCCAAGACCAACAUACACAGAAUUGAUUGCUCAUCUACAGAACCAUGACCAACGGCGGACCUGGUUCGCUAAUAAUGGAAGUCCCCCGCUUUCGGUUCAUAGCCCACAUUUGGCGUUUUAUACGCAACAACAGAAGAGUUCCCAGUCCAGCGGAGCACGAUCGAAUCGCCCAAAUUUUUCUUCAGUAGGACGCGGGUUUCAAGCACAGACCUCGCCUGCCUACACUGGACAACCACGACGUCCGGCUCCACUUGGUAAACGACGAAUGACUGCUGCAAAAAGGGAGCUGUAUCAGAAUGAGACUUGCCAAAUCUGCAUAAAGAAAGGACAUAUAGCCAAAAUAUGCUGGUGGUAUUCACCCUCUUCUUCCUCAAAUGAUCUUCCGCAAGCGCUAGCAACACUGACCUUGGACAAUACAAUUGCCGACCAUGACUGGACGUCAGAUACUGGUGCCACAAAUCAUAUGGCAGGUUGCAGUGAAAAGUAUAAAGGGUACCGAUGCUUUGACGUUCAACAGCGGAAGUACAUAAUCUCCAGAAGUGUCGUUUUUGAUGAACAAAGCUUUCCAUAUAAAUCUCAAGCACAAAUUACUAGCACUGGAAAUGCAGGUCAAAUUAUUGACAAUUGGACUUCACCAACCCAAGCCGACACCUUUUUUGAAACCCAAAGCACAGAACAAAUUCCACAUAUACCACUCCCUAUGACUUUGCCUCACGCCAUAACUCCUCCACUUCACAAUUCCACACCCGCAACACCACAGACUCCCACUUCGUCUCAAGCUUCAAGCAGUCAACCUUCAAAUCCACCAUCACCCAUAACAAAUUCGCCGCCGCCAUCACCAAUAAUAAACUUGCUGCUGCCGUCACCCUUGCCCACCGAAUUGACCGUCGCUCCUGUACCUGAACCUGAUGCGUUUGUACAAAUUGCUCCUUCACGGUCCGAUCAAACCCUAGACUCAGCACCACCGCAAAUCGAAGUUCCAACUCAAUCUGAUGAUGAUUCCACUCUGAAUACUCGUCCUACUUCUCCUACUGCAGUUUCAUCCACUACAGUUAUUCCAGCAGAUGUCUCUGUCGCAGCACCAGCUCCUCGACAUGCGAUGGCAACAAGGUCGAAAUCAGGAAUUGUUAAGCCAAAUCCGCGUUAUGCUCUGUUGACCACCAUGAAUCCUUUAAUUCCGAAAGAACCAAGGACUGUAAAGCAAGAGUUGUUACAUCCAAGAUGGAAACGCGCUAUGGAGGAAGAACUUACUGCGUUACAUAAAAAUGAGACAUGGACUUUGGUGCCGAGACAGGCACACAUGAAUAUAAUUGGGUUCAGAUGGGUGUUUAAGGCCAAACUGAAGGCAGAUGGUUCGUUGGAUAGGUUGAAGGCACGGCUGGUAGCCAAGGGCUUCCACCAAGUUGCUGGUCAAGAUUACACAGAGACAUUCUCUCCUGUUAUUAAACCAGGUACCAUACGACUUGUCUUAUCUAUUGCGUUGGUGUGUAAGUGGCAGCUUAGGCAGCUAGACGUAAAAAAUGCUUUUUUACAUGGUCGCAUCACAGAAGAUUUGUACAUGGAUCAGCCGCCAGGUUUGGCAUGCUUGAUAGUAAGCCCAUGACGACUCCAUUAGAGCU